GACCUUCAGUGGACCUUCAACCGCCCAUCAAACAACAUCCAAUCGCAUGACCAGCAAGUUCGUAGCAGCAACACCACGACCGAGCACCUUCCUUUCGUACCCAAUUCCAGCAGCUCGACACGUCCAAACUACAAUUGAGGAGCUACAGCAGCGCCGACUGCGACAUACAGUACUAGUAGCACACACGCACCGGCAGCCGAACCAGAAGAUCCCGUCCCAGUGAAUGGCCACCAUGGUCGCGGAAGGGGCCGGCGACCAGGCCGAGCGCCUGCCCAUGCCGUCGCGCAACCCGCUACCGCUGUCGGCGUCGCAGGAGGCUCAGAUCAGGGAUAUUUUCCAUGCGCGGGUGCGGAAGAAGUGCGCGGAUGAAAUCAAAGCCUUCGCCGACUGUGCAUUAGGCCGCACCUUCACGACCUCCUUCGCCUGCCGCGAGCCGCACCGCAUCAUGAACAGCUGCAUGAAGGCGCACGCGACGCAGGAGGAGCAGGACGCCGCGCGCGAGGAGUGGUUCGCCCAGCGGCUCGAGCGGCAGCGGGAGCGGGAGCGGAAGGCGCGCCGCAAGGCCGAGCAGGAGGCCUUCCUCCGCGAGUGGUGGGGCCUACCGGAGAAGGACCGCGAGGCGGCGCAGAGGGAGAUGGAGAAGCUCAAGAGGGGCGAGAGGGUCGGCGGGUUUCCGAGUAGGAGUCGGACAUCACAACUACAGGGGACGCAGCAACGACAUGCGGAAGAAGAGGGGAGGUGACGCCGGGUGGGGAAGGGCGUACGUGAGAGUGUUGUUUCGGGGAGGAAGGAAAGAGAUGGGGCGUCGGUACGGGAACAGAAAAGAAAAGAGCCACUGUUCGACUGUGUAAUGUUUCGGAUACCUGGGACCGGUUGAGCGGGCAAUGCUCGCUACCUUAUGUAUAGAUAUGGCGGGGAGAGCGCAG